UAGCGAGAUCAUAGGUUGAUCAACUUCCAUCUCAAAAAGAAUUCAUGUGGCCGAAACCGUAGAACUCACAACAUCAUACUAACAUGCAACUGUUUCUUGGUCAUAGAUAUGGGCAAGCCGAGCGGCAGCGGCAGCAAAUCCAAUUCUGAUUUCAGGCGAGCUAUCUCUGCAGUGCGCACUAAAAACCGAGAUCAAAUAUCCGGCCAAAAACGUUUAGGUGGAUCUCGCUCAAAGAAAAGGAGUUCCAUAAAGAGGAAAGCAUGGAAAGACAAACUGUACUCCAGGUGUGCUCCUUCUAUCAUUGUAGAUCUCAUGGAAGACCUUGACGAGCAGCCCAGAAAGCUUGUAGAAGAGAUGGGGUUUCAGGGAUUACAUAGCCUAAAGCUGCACAAGCUAAAUAAACCAUUAGGAGCCUGGCUGCUUAGUAAAUUCGAUACAAAUUUGUUAGUUUUUUUUGCUGGGACAAGCAGAGAGCUAAAGAUGACACCCGAGGACGUAAAUCGUGUGAGCGGAAUCCCAUGUUCUGGCAUGAUCAUAGUACCUCCAAGCCCACAAGAUGUCAUUUCUAUGAAAGCAUACUUUUGUGGUGUUUUCGAAAAAUCCUCAUGGGAUGAAAUCACUAUCAGCUUCCUUUUGAAAAUAGUAACAACAAAACCAAAAGGCGAAAUGACAAGUGAAGAAAUCCUGCGAUUCAAGACCGCGUUUGCAUUUUCUGUUGUUACCAAAUUCUUCGCUCCACAAUCCCUGAACAACUUCAUAUCAACACGAUAUAUGAAAGCAGUGUUUGAUAUGGAGAACAUUCAUGCCUACAAUUGGGCACAAUUUGUCGCCGACGAGCUCAGACUAGCAGCAGCAUCUCUGCAGUUGAAGCUUUCCCGUGGAAAGAACAUUGGAUACAUCAAUGGAUGCAUGUUAAUCCCUCAGAUUCACUACCUAGACAGCUUGGACUUUGGCAAGGAUUCUCCUCCCGACCACAUUCUUCCCCGGUUUGCUGCAUACAACGACGCCAUGGUCUGUAACCUGAUCAAACGGGAUAUAAUUCUGAAAAAUCGACUUCCUUUUCCGACAUAUGGUAAACUAAAGGAUACUACGUACAAGUUCAGAGAAAUACUACCUACUUUUUUUUGA